UCAUCUUGACGUUUUACCAGACGAAUGUGGUUCAAAAAGAAAUGAAACCAAAACAAAGUGCGCAAUAUUUUUAAAAGAAACGUGAGAGUUUUCGGCAUUUUUGUUAUCGGAAAGUGCAGUCUUUUUUAGAUCUUAAUUUGUGAAUAUUUCAGCAUGCUGCUUAAAAAUAUCCUACAAAGCGGCCGAAUACCGGCACAGAAUUACAUAAUCAAGAACCAGAUCCAAACGAGUGCCGCUUGCCUGGAGAUCCGGAAGUUGGCCCGGCUUCGCGUGGUGGACAACAGCGAAAUCGGCAAGAGGGCUAUGGCCGAGGGAAAGCCGCCAAAGUGUAUCCACGUGUACAACAAACAGAUGGUGGGCAAAGUCGGGGACAAGGUCCUGGUGGCCAUCAAAGGGCAGAAAAAGAAAGCCAUCCUGGUCGGAUGCCGGCAAAAUCAGCUGCCGAAGAUUCCCAAAUUCGACAGCAACAAUAUUGUGCUGAUCGAUGACAAUGGAACACCGCUGGGGACGAGAAUCCAUGUGCCGAUUCCGACGAUUCUCAGGACCAUUCUGAAGGAGAAGACGCAGGCGAAAGGGGCGGAUUAUACGAAAUUGCUUGGGAUCGCCAGUAGAUUUGUUUAGGGGAGGUGAAUGUGCAGAUUACAAUAAACUAGAAUAACAACCAAAA